AUGUCUCUCUUGGCGUUGAACGUGUGCCUGAUCAGCUCUUCCUUCGACGUGGUGGCGCUUCCGCUGUCGUCGACGCUUUGCCCUGUCGAAGUGGAUGACGACGCCGGGGACACCUCCCUGUGCUACGGCCUCGCGCCACUCACGGAGAAGGGCCACAAAGGAUAUGGCUAUGCGCACUGCACCGUGAUGCAGUUCUGUGCGCGUGCGCUGGACUUGAAGGCAGUUCGUGAGAUUGUGCGCGAGACGUGGUUGAAGUUCCGCAAGCAUGUCUUGGAAUCGAAGGAGUCGCUGGUGCUGACCGGAGUCGCGGACGGUCCGAUCUUCGCAACAACGGUGGAUGGACGCGCUGUGCGGCUGCCAAAUAUCACGGUGGAGCGCAGCCCCAACCUAAUGUGGCUGCACGAGACCAUCGUGCGCGAGCUCGGCCAGUACCACGUCAAAGUAGGCUCAGAGGAUGUGGCCAAGUCCGCCUUUCACAGGAAGUUCCCCGCCGAUGGCAAUAGCACUACUCCAGAAUGGAUGCUGUCCUUCAUGAACAAGUACGCUCACGAAAACUACACGCCGCAUAUUACGCUCGGCGCGUGCACCGAGAAGAACGUGGCGGCGUUUUCGUUUUUGCAAAAGACCGAGAUUCCAUGGAGAGAGUGCCGACUCGUGGUGAGCCACAUGGGCAACUUCUGCUCCUGCUUUGAACUCCUCGAGAACUGA